GUGAUGUCUAAAGAACUUGAUUCACCAAGAAAAUGGAAAAUAUGCUGGAAUCAACUUUUCUUUGGCUCAAAAAGUUGAGGAGGAAUGAUUUUCAUGAUCUAUAUGUAUACCUCUGCCUUCAUCAAUGACAUUUGCAGCAAGCAGAGGCAUCCAAACACACAAAAAUCCCUUGAUUUCUAGCAAUGUAUCAUAACAUUAACAUCCCCCCAAACCAAUAUCCUGCUCCAGACAAUGGCCGUAUCUUCAACAUUGUCUGCGUCAAGAAUGCAAGGAAACCACUUCCCUACAAUCCGUAUGGUUGGCCGAGAGAUACGCAGUACGGUAACCUUCCAAACUACCCCCAGCAGCCUUUGGCUACGGUUGGGAAAGAUAUGCAGUACGGUAAUCCUCCAAACUACCUCCAGCAGCCUCUGGCUACGGGUGCAUGGAAUCAGCAACAACAGGUGGUGCAGUCCCAGUAUGAGAUACUGAAGUUUCACUUCCAGCGAUAUGACACCAACGGAGACGGCCGCCUCAGCCAAGCCGAGCUCCGCAAAGCGUUUGCCACCCUGGGUUCGCGCUGCCCUCCCCUGCGAGCGUGGCUAUCAUCCAAUGAUGCUGAUAAGAAUGGAGAUGGGUAUAUAAAUCAGCAAGAGCUGGACGCUCUCAUUCGUUACACUAUACAGUGGAUGGACACCAAGCUCUAGAAUGUUCACUGGGACAUGGGGUCGAACACUUAACUGACUUAAGUGCAAUAAGUAAUGGGCCAGGGCUAGCCUGGUUUGUUUAGUAAAUGGCUGCUGUGUGCUUUAUCUAGCUGUUUUGUUUAGUGUGUGGUUAAUGUAAUGUCUGUGGCUUCCCUUACAUGAUGGAGAAGCUAGUUCAGGUGUUUUCUUAUACAGUGUCUCCUGUAACACUUCUUAUAUAUACAUCUCAUAAAUAAUUACCUUACAU